UGGUUUACGGGGCGUUGUUUUCCGGUAUUGAGUAUCUAGAUUUUCAGGUUAUACAGGGAGUGGGCUGUGCGUGUGACUGCUGUACGUGGAUGUGAGCGUGUCAGGGUGUUGCGUGUGCGUGUGUUUGUAAACGUUCACUGCUCGGAUACUGUCACCGCUUUGCACCGCGGGCAGGCUCCGUGUUCCUACAUGCAAGUUACUGUGGCAGCUCCACUAUUCCUGCCCAGCAAUGACCGAAAGCCCCGAGACCAAAGCAGCCGACGACGAAGUGUGUCGGCGGGUGAAGAACGGGCUGAAGCCGGAGAGAAACGGCUUGGCAAAGAGCCUCUACCCCCGCCCCUGCCAUGAGCGGCCGCCCAAGAAUCGCUGCCACACCGCCGAGGAGGAGGUCUAUGCAGCGUCAUACAAAAGCAGGCUGUACAGCCGGCCCUUCAUCGAGUACUUUGAAGAGACCCCCAUGAUGGUGGCUGUGCUCACAUACAUGGGCUACGGCAUCCUGACCAUCUUUGGCUACCUCCGUGACUUCCUUCGUCACUGGAAGAUUGAAAGGUGCCACAUCGCCAGAGAGAAAGAGGAGCAAAAGGAUUUUGUACCACUCUACCAGGAUUUUGAGAACUUUUACACCAGAAACCUUUAUAUGCGGAUAAGAGACAACUGGAACAGGCCUAUAUGCAGCAUCCCGGGAGCCAAGAUGGAUCUGAUGGAACGAGCCACCUACGACUACAACUGGACUUUUGAAUACACGGGUCGGGUAGUGCAGGAUGUGAUUAACUUGGGCUCGUAUAAUUACCUCGGCUUCGCUGAGAAUACAGGUCCAUGUGCUGACUCCGCAGCUGAAGUCACCAUGAAGUACGGUGUUGGAGUUGCGAGCACGAGGCAGGAAUUUGGUAACCUGGACAGACACGAGGAGAUGGAGAAACAGGUGGCUAGGUUCCUGGGUGUGGAAUCAGCCAUGGCGUUCGGCAUGGGAUUUGCAACUAACUCAAUGAACAUACCAGCACUCGUUGGCAAGGGUUGUCUAAUCCUGAGUGAUGAGCUGAACCAUGCCUCUCUGGUCCUGGGAGCCAGACUAUCUGGGUCCACCAUCAGAGUCUUUAAACACAACAAUAUGCAGAGCCUUGAAAAACUGUUGAGAGAAGCCAUCGUUCAUGGCCAACCCAGGACUCACAGGCCAUGGAAGAAGAUCCUAAUAGUGGUUGAAGGCAUUUACAGCAUGGAGGGCAGCAUAGUGCGCCUGCCAGAAGUGAUUGCCUUAAAGAAGCGCUACCGGGCCUACCUUUACUUAGAUGAAGCCCACAGUAUAGGGGCCCUGGGUCCAAGAGGAAGAGGUGUGGUGGAUUACUUUGGCCUCGACCCAUGUGACGUGGACGUCAUGAUGGGCACUUUUACCAAAAGCUUUGGUGCUGCAGGUGGAUACAUCGCAGGGAAAAGGGAGCUCAUCGAAUACCUGCGCUCCCAUUCCCACAGUGCGGUCUACGCCACCUCCAUGUCUCCUCCUGUGGUGGAGCAAAUCAUCACUUCUAUGAAGUGCAUUAUGGGAGAGGAUGGCACAACAAUAGGCAGUGAGCGUGUGCAGCAGCUGGCAGAGAACACGGUCUAUUUCCGCAAGAGGCUUCGAGAAAUGGGCUUCAUCAUCUACGGCAACAACGACUCUCCCGUCGUACCCAUGAUGCUCUACAUGCCCGCCAAGAUAGGAGCGUUUGGCAGGGAGAUGCUGAAGAGGAACAUUGGCGUCGUGGUCGUGGGUUUCCCUGCUACACCCAUCAUCGAGUCGCGAGCACGCUUCUGCAUCUCUGCCGGCCACUCGAAAAACAUGCUCGACCAGGCGCUGAACGUCAUCAGUGAGGUUGGAGACCUCCUUCAGCUCAAGUACUCCCGUCACAGACUGCAGCCGUCUUCUGCUCGGCCUUUUGAUGAUGAUGUGUAUGAGGACAUUGACGACUGAUGAAUCACUCUGCUGCUUAAGUGGCAUGAACCAGAACAACCCCGGAAAAUACAGAGCGGGUCGGUCAAGAUGGAUCACAAGUCUUCCUUAAGGAGCGACAUGUGCGUACGUGCCCCCUGCCAUCAUGUUGCCAACACGUAACCUCCCCAGACGAAAGCAAAACGCUUAAAAAUACCCUCAGAUUUUACUUUGCCUUACUACACAUGCAGAGAUUGUGAACAUUGAAAAUGGCACCUCUGCUUCUUCCUGUGUCUUUUUUCACUUCUUUUUUUUUUUUUUUUAAGAUUUUUUGUUUGUUUGGUUGUGUCUUUAGUAUUUGUGGUUUUGGCCUUUGUUAAGCUUGUAAUUACAGAUCCAGUGUGCACGUCAUCUUUUUGUUUUUUCUUCUUUUAUGACAUGAAUCUAACAUAAAUCGAAAAUGUAAGGAGACUAAUAAGGAGAACAUCGUUACCAUCUAUCAAUGAACGGUCCUUUCUUCCACUCCUUUGAAAGGAGCAGUUAUUGCCAUAAGUAGAAAUCACUAGAUGCAUUUCCACAAGACCUAAUUUGUCACCACCAGGAGCCUGUUAGCAUGCAAACAUGACUUUUUUCUUUUAAAGCCAGUUCCUUCCGUUUUUUUCGAGUACUGUAACAGGGAAUCUGUCAGUUUAGAGCUAAUUACCUGACAGCUUUCCAUUAAAAAAAAAAAAAAAGAAAGAAUGUUUUGAUCAAUUUAUUGCUAUUAUUUAGAAGAUUAGAUGGACAAAGUCAGCCUCAAGUCUUAAAGCUAGGCUCACCUUUUACUAACUUUCACUUCAUAUUUUUCCUGCUGCAUAGCAUAGAUCUCCGUAUCUGAAUUUAAGCAACAAAGCAGAUGAGCACAUUUCCCAAAAUCCCAAAUACUGUCUUUUAUUUAUCUCCAGCAAAGUUAAAUAUCUGUCUUCAGUAGUAAGAUGAAGGUAUUGCCAUAAUUUCGCGUUUAAAAAUCACGUUUGGCACUGUUCUACUGACCCAGAGCUGAUCUAAGUGGAGGCAAAUAAAAUUCUCAAAGUGAAUAGAACAGAUUAUCUGUGAUGUUUGUAUGUGUGAGGAAAUGUUCCUGAAUGGGCCGCAUGGCUCAAAAGAGUAAAUGAUUAAUAUCCUGUUCAAGGCUUCAGUAAAAAUCACAAGUCAAAAUAGAAAUCAAAAACUAAUUACUCUUCCAAACAUUAGAUUUUAUCUUUUUUUCAGUAAUGAAAUGAUUGCAAUGAUAUUACAUGUUGUUUUUCAUUUGGUUUUACAGAGGACCUGCUCUCUGUAUUGUUACUGUUAAACUCUUAUAGAGUAGUUUUGCAUUAUUCACAGUUCAAAAUAAUUUUUAUUUAUGUGAUACUGAGCCUUGGAGCCGCCUCUCAAUUCAUCUCAAUUUGUUAGAAAAUGACCCAUUUUAGCACCCUUUCAUUGAAACUGCCUUUCUUCUGAUUGGUCACACCUCCCUAAGUGUUUGCUGAUAACAAGUGGGCGUGGUUUCUUCACUCAGCGCGACACUAGUGAUGAUUAUAACAAAGACAUCUUCUCUAAAUGAGACAAGGAGUAGAAAAUGCUGUUGAUAACUGAACAUUCAGAGCAGUCUAACGCUGAGGUUUUGGCUCACAGAGAUGACGUUUACAUUCACUGACCUUUUUAGUUGAAACUUUGGGUAGAAUUAUUAUAAAUAUCCACUGCUGUAGCUAUUUUAUAUAUACAAAAAAAAGGAAAAGCUUAAACGCGCCGCUUUAAGUGAAUAACACUUUUAUAAUAAUCAGGUUUCUGUUGCAAAACUAUAAACAUGAUUUCUUUCAUUGACAGAACUACCACUUUCCAUUUCAGAAAAAAAAAACAUUUAAAAAGCCAUGUUGAGAUUUAAACACACUCGAGUGCUGCUAUUGGGGAAAAAAAAAGAAAAAGAAAAAAUGGAAAUUUAACCCUAAAACAUAAUACACAUUAUACUGUUACAAAGUCAGCGUCUUUUCCCCCCACCAGGACCAGAAUUACUGGGACUGUGUUUGUCCCCUGUUUGUUACGGGGUGGUUCCUCUUAAGUCACGUGAGGAGGUUCAAACUGAAGAAUAUCUAUUAGCGCGGGUAAACUAGUGUGGACAGGAUCCAGCUCUUUGCUGCUUUGUGCCUGAUAAUUGUUUUAUUGCCUUGAAAAACAAAAUGCUUUCUUUGUGCUGGGACUAAUGAGUCAAUAAUGAUGUUAACAGUCUUCUUAGGAUAGGCGAGUGUGUUUUGCCUUUACGUUCUUCCACAUAAACAGCAGCUGUAUUUGGAAAUGUGGGCAUUUACAUUGUACUACUGAGCUUUGGGACAGCAGCACUCCUUAGUGAAGGCAGCUCAUGUCCCACGUGUAUAUGCUACCGCUUGCAUGUGUGCACACUGACGAGUGCUGUGCAAGCGCUCGUCCUUCAUACUAAUGCACGCACAGGAAGAAUUCAUCCCAGAAGCAAAGUGAAACACUGUUGUUGUUUUUUUGUAACCUACUACGUUCUGUCUUCAUGUCUUUCUGGGCUUUCUGGGUUGGGGUUUUUUGUUUAGUUUUUUUUUUUUUGGUCCAUCUUUGCUGGUCUUCUGAUGUGUAGUGUGAGGUAGUUGUGUAACACGUCUUAUGUAAUCCAUUUGGCUUCCUUUCUGCAGAAAAUGGAUCACAGAUGAUCGUUCGUGAGCUGAAAGUUUGGUUGCAAUGUUGUUCAUACAAAUACAGAAUGUAUCUAUGUAUUUUUAAUUAUGAACCAAGAGAAGCUGUACCGUUAUACUCACAGCAAAUAUUUAAACAUAUGUUUACAUUAUGUAAAGAUUUUAUGUCCUGACAUUUUAAUAAUGAGUUUCUGAACAUUAAUUAGAUCAGUUUCCCUUCAGUUCAUUGGUACUUCUCAGUAGUCCUCUGCAAAGACGGCAUCUGGUUUCAACCAUAAAAUCCACUUUAUUUAGAAAAAACUACAUAAAAGCAAAAUAACCUCUUUGUUUUUAUUCUUUGUUUUGGUAAAACGGCAUGAAAUGCUGUUCUGGAUGAUGGCUCGCUACAAAGUUUAUAUUGUUUCAUUAAAAAUUAGCUGUUGGGACAAUUUUGUUUAUUAUGUAGCAAGCAGGAAGGUGUGUGUGUGUGUGUCGUUACCACACAUCAGAGAUCGUUGUUCUCUGAUAUAAAGUAGUGCCUUUGAAGCAGAUUUUUUUUCUAAGAAUUCUGGUUCUAGUGUCAUAACUUCAGUUGUUCAUCUUUGAACAUCUUAAUUGUUCUCUUCAACUACUUAGUCUUCAGCAGUACUCAACUGUAUAAUUAGCACUGUGUGAUAUCCAUGUUAACUAAUUUCUCUGCAUUUCAUCAUAGAAAAUGCACUAUUUCAACAUCGGUAAAAUAUUAAAACGUAAUGUUUCACCCUUGUCAGUUACACGAGUAGAUGAA